AAAGGACCCGUCUUAGUCAUACUUGUGGCAAAUAUGGUAUUGUUUGCGAUACUUCUUCGUGUAAUCUUUGGGAAAAUAGCUACCAAGAACAGCAAUGACCACGUGGAAAUCACUAAGAAAGGUCUGAGAAGCAUUGUCGCCCUACUCCCCUUGUUGGGCGUUACGUAUGUAGUGGGCUUUUUUAUCGAGUUCCAUAUCGCUUUGGAAUACGUUUUUCUAUUGCUUAACACCACACAGGGAGUUGUGUUUGUCAUCUUUCAUUGUGUCCUUGAUGAUCAGGUUCAGGAUGCUACUCGGAAGUUGUUUGUAAAAUUCAGAGCAAAUUCUAAGACAAGAACAACACCAGCCUCUAAUCCCAAUGCAGCACCUGUUAUGGAAAGAAACUCCAGAUCAGACAUCCUACAUGAUUCUGAGAACAGGAAGAAGACGAAUGAUGUGACAAUGAAGUAUUGAGUCACUCGCAGAUAGCACACUGAUAAUAAACAUCAAUUGAAGUAUACAUGCACUCUUGGAGUUCGCUCGCUUUAAAUAUCAGAAAAAAAGUAGUUUUUUUUACUGUAAUGGUAAUACGAAUGGUUUCGCUAAAAUUGCCCAGACUUAAAAUUGACAUUUGUCUGCUGGCAACACCUCGCAAAGAUUUCCUCUGUCGUCUGAUUCAACCACAAAAUUUACUGAGUAACAUUAUAAUGCACUUGUUAAUUGCCAGUCAAGAAUACAGGCCAUGGAAUCAUAAACUUUAAAGGACGUCUAGAUCUGAUAGUACCCAAAUCACAAUUCAUAAUCCAUUACAAGUUAGGGAGUAGUUAAAAAAAAUUUAGUCAAUCAAUCAAUCAAACCAUAAGUCAAUCAAUCAAUUGCAAUGAAUUAAUCAAUCAAUACAGAAUUAGAAGUCAAGGCAAUCCUUGCAUACUGUGGCUGCGCCCGCAGUACGAGCUGUGGUCAAAACUUAGCUGUCCUACCGAAACCACACGAUAAUAGUCUUUUUCUUCACAGCUAACAAAAAAUAAAGACAAUUCUAAAAAGCUUUGGCUUCUUCUUAUACUCAAGUCAAGAAUUUUGGUUUUAAUUAACUUGACGAGGAACAGCAUAUUUUGUUCAAAAUGUGCAAAGUGACAACUAUUAUCCUAUCUGGCGACAGCGAUCGAAGAGCGAGUUGAAUUGCCCAGCGCGGAAGACCCAUUUUUGGCGCUAAAUUAAAAGGUCAGAGACGCAAUGCAAAAUGUUUCAUAUAUUUCACUCUUUACAAUCUGAUAUGGCUUUUGGAGUCAAAAAAUCCUUUUUCGUGAAUAUUUAAUGCCGUCUCCAACGUUCGAUAUAUCAAUAUUCUAACAUGG